UGUCUGGGUUUUAACAUUGUUCAGUAGACAGUAAAACGUGAACCAUCCAAGCCGCGACUUCUACUGAAAUGGAGCCGCACCAACGCGUAUCACGCAAUUUCCCUUCAGAUCUCAAAUGCAGCGCCGGGACCAGACUGCCUUACAUUGUUAACGCUGAUUUCUCCUGUUCAAGCCAGCAUUUUGUGUUCCGUGAGCCAAACCUGGGUCACAGGCUCCCACGAAACGCAUGAAAUCUCGGCUACGUUUGAGAGCGGGACACACACCGGCAUACUCCCUAACAUGAGGAGGAGUGUUGGCUGUAACCCUGCCCAGACCGGAGGCUCCUGGUAGGGAUGGUGCCGCUGUGAAGAGCCGGUGUGCCGCGUCGGUGGACAAGCCUGUGUGGUCGGGGGUUGAACGGGAGGAGAGGACGUGCCUGGACAACAUGACUGUUUUCAACCAGGAAAAUGUUGAGGAAUUUUAUGAAAUUGGAGACGAGCUGGGGAGCGGUCAGUUUGCUGUGGUCAGAAGAUGUCGGCAAAGGAGCACGGGUGUGGAGUAUGCCGCCAAAUUCAUCAAGAAGCGGCGCAGCAAAUCGAGUCGACGAGGGGUGACGAGGGAGGACAUAGAGCGCGAAGUGAACAUCCUGAAGGAGAUCCAGCACCCGAACAUCAUCACGCUGCACGAAGUCUUCGAGAACAAGGCUGAGGUCAUCCUGAUCCUGGAGCUAGUGGCCGGCGGUGAGCUCUUCGACUUCCUGGCAGAGAAGGAGUCGCUGAGUGAGGAAGAAGCCACUCAGUUCCUCAAGCAGAUCCUGGAUGGAGUCUUCUACCUGCACUGCAAACAAAUCGCUCACUUUGACCUUAAGCCGGAGAACAUCAUGCUGCUGAACCGCUCUGUGCCUCACCCGCGCAUCAAGAUCAUUGACUUUGGCCUGGCCCACAAGAUCGAUUUUGGCAAUGAUUUUAAAAACAUUUUUGGAACUCCAGAAUUUGUAGCUCCAGAAGUAGUCAACUAUGAACCUUUGGGCCUGGAGGCAGACAUGUGGAGCGUCGGUGUGAUAACCUACAUCCUUUUGAGCGGUGCGUCGCCUUUCCUGGGCGAAAACAAGCAGGAGACGCUGGCCAACGUGUCGGCCGUCGACUACACGUUUGACGAGGACUUCUUCAGCAACACCAGCAUCCUGGCCAAAGACUUCAUAGCGAAGCUCCUUGUCAAAGACCCCAAAAAGAGAAUGACGAUUCAGGACAGCCUCCAGCACCCCUGGAUCAAGCCAAAAGACACUCAACAAGCGCUGAGCAGGAAGGAGUCGGCUGUCAACAUGGAAAAGUUCAAGAAGUUUGCAGCUCGAAGAAAAUGGAAACAAUCCGUCCGACUUAUCUCCUUAUGCAACCGCCUGUCCCGCUCCUUCCUGUCCAGGAGCAACAUGAGCGUGGCACGCAGUGAUGACACUCUGGAUGAGGAAGAUUCCUUCGUGAUGAAGGCCAUCAUCCAUGCCAUAAACGACGACAACGUGCCCGGCCUGCAGCAUCUGCUUGGCUCUUUGAACAGUUACGACAUCAACCAGCCCAACAAGCACGGGACUCCGCCCCUCCUGAUCGCAGCCGGCUGUGGCAACAUUCAGAUCAUCGAGGUGCUGAUGAGGAAAGGUGCAGAGAUCAAAGCCCACGACAAGAGUGGAGCCAAUGCCAUCUACUACGCAGCGAGACAUGGCCAUGUCGAGACCCUGAGAUUCCUCCAUGAAAAGAAAUGCCCUCUGGAUGUCCAAGAUAAGUCUGGAGAGACAGCUCUUCAUGUGGCGGCUCGCUAUGGCAACGUGGACGUGGUGAGCUACCUGUGCAGCAUCCGGGCCAACCCAGACCUGUCUGACAGGGAGCAGGAGACCCCGCUGCAUUGCGCUGCCUGGCAUGGAUACUCGGCAGUAGCCCGGGCACUCUGCCAGACAGGCUGCCAUGUGGACGCGAAGAACCGCGAGGGCGAGAGUCCGCUGCUGACAGCAUCUGCUCGGGGCUUUGUGGACAUCGUGGAGUGCCUGGUGGAACACAAGGCCGAUAUGGAAGCGACUGACAAGGACGGCCACACAGCCCUGCACCUGGCCGUACGGAGGUGUCAGGUUGAAGUGGUCCGCUGCCUCCUCAGACACCACUGCCACCUGGACCAGCAGGAUCGCCAUGGCAACACGCCGCUGCACAUCGCGUGUAAGGACGGAAACCUGCCCAUCGUCAUGGCGAUCUGCAGCGCAAAGGCCAUCCUCGACAUCCCCAACAAGUAUGGCAGAACUCCCCUCCACCUGGCUGCUAACAACGGGAGCCUCGAGGUGGUUCGUCACCUCUGCCUGGCCGGAGCCAACAUCGACGCCGUCACCAAUGAUGGAAAGACAGCGGAGGAUUUGGCUUCUACUGAUCAACACGAACACAUUGUUUCUUUGCUGGGGAAGCUUAAAAAGGACAACCACAAACUGAGCUACAUCCAGCAGCUGCGGCCCACUCAGACUCUGCAGCCCAGGAUCAAGCUGAAGCUGUUUGGACACUCUGGAGCUGGGAAGAGCACCCUGCUGGAGUCCCUGAAAUGUGGCAUCCUGCGCAGCUUCUUCAGGAGGAGGAGGACACGCAUGACCAACACGGCCCGACACCCCAACUCCCCCAUCAACUCCAAACCUCCCGUGUCAGUGAGUAUUUCCAACUUGUACCCAGGCUGUGAGAACGUGAGCGUGCGGAGCCGCAGCAUGAUGUUUGAACCCAGCCUCACCAAAGGCGUCCUGGAGGUCUUCUCCCCCGUCCACAAUGCUCUGUCCGCAGCUGACGACCAGGCCACAAAGGCCAUUGACAUCCAGCACGCCAGCAUCCACGGUGUGGGGGAUUUCAGCGUGUGGGAGUUUUCGGGGAACCCGGUCUAUUAUUGCUCCUACGACUACUUUGCAGCCAACGACGUCACGGCGAUCCAUCUGGUGCUGUUCAGCCUGGAGGAGCCGUACGAGACCCAGCUGGGCCACAUCACCUACUGGCUGAACCUGCUGAAAGCCCUCACCCUGCCCCAGGACAACAUCGCUUUUGGAGGUCGGAUCCAGCAGCCUCUCAUGGUCGUCCUGGUGGCAACUCACGCUGACCUCGCUGACGUCCCCCGAGCUUUCUCUGGAGAGUUCAGCUAUGACAAGGAGAGCGCUCUUCUCAAGGAAGUCAGGAACAGGUUCGGGAACGACCUGCAGAUCAGUGACAAACUGUUUGUGGUGGAUGCUGGAGCCUCAAACUCCAGAGACAUGAAGCUGCUGAGGAGUCACCUGCAGGAACUUCGCACCAACAUCAUCUCUAGGUGUAGUCCCAUGAUGCUGUUGUCGGAGCGUUUGCUGACCACGCUGCCGACCUGGAGGAAGCUGAGCGGACCCAACCAGCUGACGUCAUGGCAGCAGUUUGUCAGCGACGUCCAGGAGCACAUCAACCCUCUGGUCAGCCAGGAUCACCUGCGCACACUGGCCCUGCAGCUUCACAGCAUGGGGGAGAUCAACAUAAUGCAGAGCGAGACGGUGCAGGAUGUUGUUCUGCUGGAGCCUCGCUGGCUCUGCAGCAACGUCCUCGGCAAGCUGCUCUCCGUGGAGACGCCCAAGGCCAUCCACCACUACAGGGGGCGCUACAGGCUGGAGGAGGUGCAGGCUCUGGCUCCGGAGAGCGACGUGGACGAGCUGCUGCAGAUUCUAGAUGCCAUGGACGUCUGCGCCCGCGACGCCACCAACCCCUCCAUGGUGGACGUUCCAGCCCUCAUCAAGACAAACGGCCUCCACCGCUCCUGGACCGAAGAGGAGGAGGAGGAGUCGCUGAUCUACGGCGGGGUACGACUUGUCCCUGCCGAGCACCUUACCCCCUUCCCCUGUGGCCUGUUUCACAAACUGCAGGUGAACCUGUGUCGCUGGAGCCACCAGCAGAAGCCAGAGGAGGAGGGCGGGGAGGAUAUCGACGGAGAUAUCCACCUGUGGACCAACGGAGCCAAGGUGAGCCAGGGCGCAGUGGAGGCCAUGAUUCUGCUGGUCAACCACGGCCAGGGGGUGGAGAUUCAGGUGCGUGGACACGACUCAGAGCGGGCCAAGUGCUACACCCUGUUGGACACCAUCUGCAGUAUAACGGAGAACCUACUGGCCUCCACGCUCCCCGGACUGCUCACAGCCAAAUACUACCUGAGUCCUCAGCAGCUACGGGAACACCACGCCCCCAUCAUGAUCUACCAACCCAAAGAUUUCUUCCGCGCCCAAGUCCAGCGGGAAACUUCCCUCACCAACACCAUGGGUGGCUACCGGGAGAGCUUCAGCAGCAUCCUGGCUUUUGGCUGCGCUGAAGUUUACCAGCAGGGGAUUCUGGGAACAGACAUCCACAUAUCGGACGUCCCCUUGUUGGCUCGCAGGAAGCUCUGCCGCAUGUUGGACCCCCCUGACGCUCUGGGGAAAGACUGGUGCCUGCUGGCCAUGAACCUCGGCCUCACGGACUUGGUGGCCAAACACAGCAACGGGACUCCGAACGGCGCCUCUGAGCUGGACUCAGACCAAGACUCCCAGCAGGCCGUGCUGCAGCCCAGCCCGACUGCAGCGCUGCUGCAGGAGUGGAGCGGGCGAGCAAACGGCACGGUCGGCGUGCUGAUGGCCAAACUGAGGGAGCUCGGCCGUCGAGACGCCGCCGACUUCCUGCUCAAAGCUUCUCCUGUUUUCAGGGUCAACAUGGAGGCAGUGGGAGGGGCCGCCAACGGCUACCCGCCCACCUGCAACGGAGGCACAUCGUACAACUCCAUCAGCUCGGUCAUAUCCCGCUGAACCGAACACGGUCGACUUUCUGUCCUCGCCAGACGUCAGACAGUCGGUCUGAUGGGACAUUUCGCCUGAACAGGGCCGCGACAGACUCGUGUGCGAAUGAACAAGUGCAAUCGUUACCAGAGAGUCCAGCUGCUCGCUCUUCAAUCACUCCAUUAAGUCGGCGUAUGAGCCAGAUGUUGUGUUUGUGCUCUCACCUGUACAGCUGACCUUUCCUUCCACUAUGAAUGUUGUGAAAGAACUAAACGUCCUGAGCUCCAAAGAGGAAUCCUGUGCUUAUAUUCUGUUCUUAAUCUUGUUGUGCUGCUUUUCUAAUAUUCCCUCCUGCUCUACUGUACACGCAAGUCUCCCUCCGCUCACAGAUAACAGUCAGAAAGUUGAACUCUCUACAUGGAGGAACGGACGUGGUUCAAAAAGAAGGUAGCCUCAUGUUUGGACCUUUUUUCAUAUCCAUCCUUCAGUAAAAACUGAGGAUUUUAUUGUAUCAGUGUACAUGAGGAGGCUGUCGUCUUUACUCACUCCAUCCGUCACAACAUACGGUGAAAUCUCCCCCCUCGCUUCUGUUUUACUGGUGUAACAUUUGGCCGUUCAGCGUAGUAUUUAAUAAAUUAACAGCAUUUUUCAGAGUGCCUUUGUGGCCUUCUACCUCCCUAAAGAGCACAAAUAGUCUUGUUAUAAAAACAAAGUAGUUCUUUCUAACAUUUGAAGAACUGUGCCUUGUUGACACGAAUAGUAAAAAUUUCUAUCAAGCAGAAAGAAAAAGAUUAUUAAAGAAAGAACACGAAAAAGAAAAGCUUGGCUCAUUUUACAAAGUUUUGAAAUUUGAAUUUCACUGGCAAAAAAAAACCAAAACAAAAAACAAACACGACUGAAAUCAGAUCGUUAGAUUUUCUGCUGUUUGUUUAAUGUUUGGGAGUCGGUCAGGAGAUGAAUGAGACGUGAUAUUAAAUCAGUGUGGAGUCUGUGUGAUGCUCUGUGGAAGCCGUGGGCUCAAAGGGAAACUACUUCAUUCAUUUUUAAUCGGUGUAUUUGUGGGUUUUUUACCGCUGACCUUCUCGUAGUUUUAUCCCUCAUUCAUCCAUCUAACAACACCAAUGAUUUGUUGAUUGAUUUGGUGACGCUUUAUUUUACAGGUUUGUUACUUCCUGAUACUUUCUUGAAAGUUUCCUGAACCGUGUAAUUACAGGAGAAAUAGUCCCAAAGUGUCUGUUUGACCUGUGAUUAUUAAAUAAACUGGAAGUUACAGACAGGUGAAAUAAAGCAUUACCAUGACUUUUUUGGUGAUUCUUCGUUUUAUAUGUCCCAGAGUUUCUUGAUAAUCUCCAGGGAGUUUUCCCGUAAAGAACAAUGUAAUUUGGUACUAAUUCAGAUAAUUGUCUCAGACUUUUCUCUUGUUAGUGUUUCGACUUGGACUUUUCUCAGUCUCAAGCGACGGUCUCGCUCAUUACAGUCUUUGUUCGCACACUUUUCCCACCUUGUUGCUCUUUGCAUUAGAGAUGCGUCAUUUACAAGAGCAGGUGAUGUUUAAUUUCUAUAGUGUGUCUUUGCCAUUUAACAGGCAAGCGUCAUCAUGUUGAACGUGCAGUUCAUGAGUGGACAGAUGUCGAACUCUUUUUUUUUUUUAGAUUUAAUUAUAUCUUUGUUGUGAUCGUAGUUUUAACAGAUAAUGCAACAUUUAGGCAAAUAGAAGUUUCAACAUUUCAAACUUUUCUAAACUGAGGAAUAGUGGUGAGUUAAAUUACCAUUGACUGUCACAAUGAACAGUAAGAAUAAUUUAAUUUUUCUGUCUUUUGUUCCCUCAGUAUUGACUGAAGUUGUCCUGUUGUGACAUCACAAAGUUCAGGAAGUCCUGACGGCUGGUUUUAAGGCUCAGUUUCUGAAUACAGGCUGUGUGCAUUUCUCUGUGGACUGAGGCUUUCACAGUAUUAAUAUACAAACUAGACCUGCUUUAUAAUCAAAGAACUUAAUAUAGAAUUUAUACAUUAUGGGACCUUUAAAAGAAGUGUUAAAAUCCAACCAUAAUACACUCUGCGUUAUGUUAAGAGCUAAUUGGAGCGAAUAAAUUAAUAUAAUUAUCUUUCCGGGAACCUUCAUAUAGAUUUUUCAUUCACAUAUCAAACCCUCUCCAGGAAACUAUUAGGAAACCAUGGGACCUGUAAAAUAAAGUGUAAAUAUAAAUGUGUUCACCAUUUACACAAAGGGAACUGUAGCCAUUUUUACAGAAAAAGGAGAGUUUUUUUCCUAAAGUACAGUGUCUUACUGAAGGCGUUGAUCCUUCCAGCAUCUAGAUUUAUUUGCUGUAGUGGGUUCACACAUCGUCGCUGAGCGUUAAUGUUAAAAAUCAUCAUGGCAGACGGAGUGAAGCUCAGCACUGACGCUGCUAAUCUUCAGGGUCCAAACUGAGAACCCAAACUGUGCACUCAUACAGCGUACUCUGAAGAGAAAGUGCCAUCAAGGUGAUAAAAAAAACAACCUAAAGGAAGGUGAAUUUUGUCUUUUGUACCAAGCUAAAAAGUGAUGUAUUAUAUCUACAGCCUGACACUGCACCUUUUUAAUGCUUCCUCAACAGGUUUUCUGCAUUAGUGACCAGUGCUUGGACGUCAACAGUCAUGUUACCGUCCACAGUGUCAGAGUUUCGCUCGGUGGCAUUGACUCCUGCUUCUGUCUGAGCUUCUCUCAGUAUCGCUGUCAGUGUCGGUCGGCCACGCGUGGCUUCACAUCUUCUUUCAGUUUGUCUUUUUCAUAACGCGAAGCUGCGGCUCGGACACGGUCAGCAAAAGCAGGGAAAAAGAAAGAAGGCAUGAAGUUAGUAUUGUUAGCUGAAAAAGGCCAAAGGCUGCUGAUGACAGAAAUGACCCAGAAAAGCAUUUUCACCUUGUGUAAGCUGGUAUUUUAUAAUGUUUGUGACCUGACAUGGACCCGAAAAUGCUUCUUAUUUCAGUACAUAUGUGAUGAUGUUGGGAAAAGAGUCUUUCAUUCUUAAAAAGUUAAACUUUGCGGAUGUAAAGGGCCUUUACAUCAGGACAUAGUGUCACAGUUUGAUAGAAGAAAAGCUCUGUGCCAGUAUUUCCUGUCUGCUUUACUUCCUCUCCAGUGUUAACAUCUGUGCACAGAGAUGAAACGAGACUUUAAAGACUAUUUCAAAUAUGUACUCCUUCACUAUUUUUGUCUCAGCCUGAACUUGCCAAUUGACACAGCAAACGUCUUGCUGUGAUGUAAAUACUCGAGGCCUGUGUCCUCGACUUCGUCCUCUCUUUUCUGUUUGUUUUCAGCUCACUUAUUUUCUUUUUUUUUUUUUUUUUUGCCCAAAUAUGUUGAUUACAACGAGGCAAAAUGAAUGUACUACACAAUCUUCCUAAGAAUAAGGUGACAAGUAAAGAAAACAAUGAAACCCCGACGUGUGUACAAAAACAUGACGCAGUGAAAUGUCACAAACUGGUCAUGAACAUUGUUUUAUUUUCUUAUUUUAUUAAGGCUUUUGUUGAAGUUGUGUAUAAUCGUUGCCAAUGUCACACUCACAUUCAUUCCUCUGUUAUUGCCUUGUACAGUAUACAAAUGAGAAGUGAUUCUUCAGAAAGGGAAGUGAAUAUUAUGUUUCUGUUUCUCUUGUUCCAGAAAAAGAGGCACUUUUUUUUUUUUUUUGGUAAAAUCUGAGAAUCAAUAUAACAUUAUUAAGUCUCUCUCGGAUGCUUCUGGCUGCGGGUCCAACUGAAACACCAGGAUUUAAAGGUUUUCUCAGAAACAUGUUUCUGGUGGACGGAGGAAAGACGUACUCGAUGUUUCUUCUGAGUGAAUUUUCCCCUCGUAGACUCCGGUCUGAUCGCCACAUUGCACAAGCGUUUUUGUUGCUAUUUAUGUUACGUUCUUUAAGCAUGUCUUGGAAUGCCAUGUUCUUAGUACUUCUGACACUUUAUAGUGUAAUACAUUUUGUAAUAAAUUCUUUACCUAA